GUUUGUGCACCAUUCCAACACCGUGGGAAACUAUCCCAUCUCCACUUUCACUCUCCUCUUUCCUCCAUUGCACACUAUGGCCGAAGACCACAACGAGGGGGUAUCAAACACCCCCCUUGACCUCCUCAUCAAUGCCAUCGCAGGGAACCACUAUCCCAUUCCCCACGACCACACUCACGAGCACGACCAUGACCACGACGUCAGUCUCGACCAUUUGUUGUCACAGCGCAAAGACUCAGCUGAGGACAGCCAACAACAUGCUUCGUCCCACAAACGUGCUAGAUCACAGGAAGUUGUUUCCUCUAGACAACGUAAAGUGCCCAAGCCUUUGGGGUCUCAAGCGAUGUUCUAUCCAGGAUUUGCGCCAGCCGACAAAGCUCCCGGAUCCCUCGACGAAAAUAACAGCCAUCGGUUUAAUACUCUGGAGGUGUGGCAUCCUACGACAGGUCAAAAGAGCUAUGGUAAAGAGAGAAGAAUGUUAAACCCUCCCCCUAUUCUCCGCCUUUCCGGGCCUGCAUCGUCCUGUAUAUCAUCCAUUACAAUGGUCUCUGUAGUUUCUCCAAAUAUCACGCAACCCGUUGCCAUCUGUGCGCCCCAAACACACCAUAUGGGUCGCCCCCCAGAUAUUACACCCCAUUUAGGAACACCAGGGGUUGAAGACAAGAAGAAAGAGAGGCGAGAGGAACAGAAGAAAUUACGUACUGCCGCCUUGAAUGCUGGCUUCGCUGCAACUCUUCCCAAAAACAGGAAUGCGACCGAUCUCAAAGACCGAACGUUAUUGAAAGAUGGUCUGACCUUCCCAGGUCUUUGGAUUGGAGAAGAAGCGGGAAAGAUGAAGGAGUUUCGCCUGGAGCUGAAGAUUUACGCCGAGCCCACAGAGAAAGGUUUGAGCUCCCCCUCGACGCAAGAUUUCGCGCAGUCUUCGUACCAUCUUGGUAACCCAGACAAUGAUCAUGAAACUGCCCACACCUUUGCUGACAUGCUGGAGCCACCCUCAAUGGAUGCUCUCCAACCUCUAGCAGAGGCGGUACAGCAAUCCAGUCAGCAAGGGCAUGACACGUUAUCUGAACAUUUCCCCGAAGUUGAACCUUCUCUUGCUGCUACCAAUCUGCAUAACGACAAUGACGCGGAAAAUCCAGGCAAUUCCCCGUUACCGAUCACACAAGCUACCACAGAAGAACAGCCAUUAGGGUCAUUCUUAUCUGGGCCCAUCCGAAUUGUCUCCAAACCUUCUCGAAAAACCUCAAAAACCCGGUCUUUAGCCAUAUGCUUCCCCCGCGAUUCAGUAUUUUCCCUCUGGACCCGUAUUCAUGGGCAGACAGUGCGUACCAAGUGGAUGAAUCUUGAGGCCAACUUCAACGGGCAUGGUCCCCGCUUAACAUCGAGAACGGCGAAGUGGACGCCGUUUCGCUUUGAAGUUCUUGAUCACGCAAAUGCUCCUUUUGCAUACAGGACGGCUCGAAACAAAUUUGAUGAGACAGACCAUCUUGAAGGGCAACAACUCACCUAUGGCUCCAUUGUCGUUUUGGUAGACUUGCAGACUGGCGUCAAGUCAGAUCCUGUCAAGGUAGUUAGGGUGGAAUCAGGCAAAUCGGUGGUGGGACAAUAUGAUGGUCAACCUGUGAGUGAACUGCAACGGAUCGGACUCGUAAGGACCAUAGAUGGACAGGAAGACAUGUCUGAAGGGUGUCGAUGGUAUCUUAGUGCACCUGGCGCUAGAAUAGGAGGUGGGGAGCUUAGUGCAGAGUCGGCGCCUGGCAUACGAAUGAGAAGACAAAGAGCCAACGCCAAGGCAGCCUCACAGCUCAAGGAAUUGAAUGAGGAAAGAGGAAAGGAGAAGGAGAUAGAAGGUACUUCACACGAUGAACCUCAUCUCACUUCUUCGUUCUUACAAGAUCCUCAGACACUCAGUGCUAUUGAAAAUGUAUCUGGUUCUUCUACCGAGACCAAUCACAAUCAGCAGUCCGUCCUUUCUAUCGAACUUAGUCUUCCUGAAGGAGUUCAUUCUGCGGAUACUUUCGAUCAUACAGAUCAUCCACCAGUUAUCGACCCCUCUUUCGAAAACAUGGCUCCUCUGGUUGACAGCCAACAACAAACCAAAAAUCCGAAGGGACAAAGUUCGUUCCAGAGAAGGAGCAAUAAAACCAGGCGACUUGCUUUGGCCGCGGCUGUCCUGGCGGAAGAUGAUGAUAAUGCCGUCCAGACUUUACUUAGCUGGGUCAAAGCCGAGAGGAGUGAAGAGGUUUCGUCUGGCGCGGACGGUUUAGAUACCCAACCAGAUGAGGUAAGAUCGGUUAUCGUAGACUCUGUGGCGGACUGGAUGUCCUGGACGAUUGGCGGCGCAGCCUCAUUCUCAUUCACCUUCAAACCAACCGAACACAACGAAGAAAGAGUGGAAGCGCCAUGAAAUUGUGCUUGAAGAUGUAGAGCCGGAUGAAAGCUGAGAGAACGUCAAUUUGAACGACGUAAUGUAUUAAUGUACAGAAGCUGGUUGUAUAUGUAGGAUGUAACUUGAUUUCUCGC